AAGAUGGAUUCCACAACUCCCAGAUCUGAAUCCACUACAAUGCCAGAAACUACCAAGCCCGAAACCUCUCCAACUACAGUUACACCAACCGCUUUAGAUAUCAUAGCAAGAACUGAAGCUAGCAGUAGUGCUUCAACAAUGUUGGAGUCCACAACUCCCCCAUCUGAAUCCACAAUACCUGAAACAACCACUUCCAAAACAUCCCCAAGUACCAUCAUAACAACAAGUCUAGUACAGGGUUUGACUCAACAGUGA